UAGAGUUGCCCAGUGCCCCAUCCGGAAAUUUGAUGUUACAAGUUUUAUACGAAAAAAUAUGAAGACGGCUAACAUUCCUAUCGAUAAUAUAUAAUAACAAUACGUUAAUUCAAAAAUUCAAACUUAUGUCCCACAAACAAUUUUCAUAAGUCAUUUUAGUAUCAAAUGCUUUGUCUUUUCUUUUUCCCUGACAACCUUUUUGAAAAUACAAUACCCCCUACCCCCCCCCCCCCCCCCCCCCCUUCGCGACACUCUCCGAAUUCCGAACCCGGAUUGCGAAAUCUAGAUACAAACAAAUAGCAACGUUUUCGAAAAAAAAAAAUACAAAACCUCAACCCAGGUACAUGUAGCCGUAUACUAGAAUGAAUAUCAAAGUGUUUACACACUGUGUGCAAAGUUCUGCCACCAGAAUCUCCUAAAUUCUAACAAUGAUACAAGGGAGCGGAUCUUGGAGCCGGCUUUUGUUGAUUUCAGCUCACCUGGACCCAAGGCCCGUCUUUUGUCGUACACACUUUUUUUCAAACUGUUUCAUUUCAAGGAAAAUGUAUACAAUAUUACAAAAAUAUUUUAGCCAAAUCUGGCCCGGGUUCAAUUCUAUAAAGCAUGAGUCUCAAAUGGAUAAUUUGCAUACAUUUUAGGUAAUACAUAUUUUAAUUCAAGGUAUAUUGAUAUCUCUCAAUAUGUGCAAAAUACACAGCAUUUCUAUAACGUUUUUCUUGAAACAUAAGAAAAGCUACUUCGAACCAAACUUGUCUGAUUGUUCAUUAAGGUAUCUAUUCUGUGUAAUUCGAUGAAAACCGUCCAUUAGUUGAAUUGCUGAAAUGGUCCUCUGAGACUUUAGAAUCAAACUGACCUACUAUUUUUGCCAUUGUUGUUCUAAAACGUUUGAAAUGCUCUUUUAAAAAUACAUUAACAAUGUUGAUUCACAAUGUUAGUUGCUGGGAAUUGUUGAAAGGAGCAACUUUGACUGAAACCCUACAUUACUGUCACGGAGGACAAACUCUACCAGGUGAGGGUUGUAGGCUCCUGCCCGCCUCUAGUUGCAGAAACACCUGAAAAAAAGAGAAUAAGAUUGCUCAUUCAAGAUUUUAUAAUUAGUAUAACAUAUGGGAAAUUUAUGAGAAAGUCGUCAAUGACUUUACACUGCAUAAACAUUUAUCUAGCUCCAAUUCGAAUGCAAUUAGUGAAAAUUUUACGUUAGAGAAGAGAUAAUCACAUCAGUGCCGAAAAUGAAACUCUGUUUAUUUUAGAUGUAUAAAUCAUGCUGCACAAAACACGGGUUUCGAUAUAUUAAGCUUGCGGUCCACUGGAAGAUUUCGAAAUAAAUGAAGUUCUUCAUUUUCAGAGGACAGUAAUGAAUGUCAAACAAGUUACUAUGACAAUGACAAACUUGACAGUAAUCAUCAGAUUUACGACUGUUUUCCAUGGCGACAAAUUUCGUUUCGAACACUGCGAAACAAACCCCAACGGAAUUGAGUGCGAUUUAAUAUUUUUACACAAUUUUCAAAAGGUGUAAAUUUUGUCUUAAAGCACUAGAAAGUAAAUGACUUUAUGGAUUUUUUAUCUCUCCCAAAUGUGAAUGUAUUAUGCAGUAGCAAUACGCAGAGUCCAUCCUGUGCUUAAUUUUAUCGCUGCUUGUAUCCGAAGGAAACUCUUUAAUGAUGCCCUGUUUUAUUUUCGUGGUAAAUUAGUUAAUUCGUCUGUGGUCUUAACCCCCCAUCUUCUCUUCUUCGUGUUGAUUGUUGUUCAUUCCAGGUAUUCGGCACUGCAUGUUCGUCUGUCAUCGCUUUCCUUGAUGAAGAAUAGAUGCGUUAAAUGUUGCAGACAUACCGAGAACGACCCGACAUUGUCACGCGAAAGAAUUUGAUGAACUGUUGCGAGGAGUGUGUUUAAAAAAAAAGAUACAAUUCUCAGAUAAAUCAUGUAGCAAUCAUCCGUCCAAGUGGAAAUAGCCAUAAUGGAAUGUUAGCGGCAUAUGAAAUAAAUAUCUUGCUCUUUGAACACACAUAUAUCUUGUUAGAGGAGUCCGUAUUUUGCAGCAUUCAAUUGACCCCUCGAAAUCAUCCAAAGGAUUCAGACUAUUUGUUGUUUUUUGCCCGGAGUGUUUCCCCCCGAGAAAGGUUUGGAAACAUGACUUUCAUACCAUCACACUGAUGCCCACUGGGAUUCACGAGAUCUCGAUGACUUUGAAUAUGCAGCACACAGAGGACAUCAUGGGUUGAAAUUUUCAUCGGACAUCAACUAAUUAAUAUUAAAACAUAUGUUUAAGCGGAAAGUGUAUUUAACAAAGCCUCCGGAGACACAGAUGUACACAAGAGGCGCUUCUCAAAGUCACCAAAACAAAGGGAGUGAUGAAAGGAAAAUAGGUGGAACAUAGAGGGAAAUGCAAACAUUAAUUGUCCCUCGUCUGCCAGAGAGAGAGACCCGGAGCCUUCUUCUGAUACAUAAUUCUUGUUCCACAGACAGCGCUAAUGUGCAAAGCAGGAUUAUCAACGUUUGAAAUAAGGUGGAUUUCAUUUCCGGUUUUGUGAAUGAUGAAUGGUGCCUGCAAAGCAAAAGACGGAGCUCUCUGUAACCUUCUGGAUGACCCUUACACGUUUUGGGACAGAGUGCCAUGUCCACCACCCUCUAACCCCCAAAUACUCUUCCAAGUGGACUACAAGAGACUUUUAAGUGAAGAUGACGGUUUAAGAAUCAUUUUUAGAUUAGCAAAACGCUGUGACAUUCCAGUGCCGGAAAUGUUGAAAUCCCCUGCACGACUUGGCGGGAACGCCAUCUUUACGCACUGUGAUUCAGACUGUUUGAACACAAUCGUGUCUUCAUGCUUGAUUUUCUUUGUCGUCAUGGUGAUAAUUGUAAUUUACGUAAUGAGGAGUCAAAGUCGACAAAAAACGAUGUCCAUGAUGCAUUACAGAUCACGUGAUCGAUGUGUUUGUAUUCAUCUUGACGGAGAACAGAAAAACAAAACUUCUUGUCGUGGUUAUUGUCACUAUAACUCAGGAAAAUAUACAAAGACUGGAUCAAUCCCGAGGCGGAGCAGGAAACAUUCGGAACAAUUCGAUCAGUCCCCAAUGGACAGUACAUACAAACAAUUCCCAUGUGUAGAUGUUUUCGAUUCACAAAUCUCGCCAAUCCAGGGUCACGAGAAAUCAGGAAGUGAGACUUAUGAGGAUCUAGAAACGUACAACUCUCGAAUAGAUGAAUUCACUUUGUUGAGGAAAGCAUUCAAAAAGUAUUAUGGUCGCGAUAUUGACUUCACAGAGUCGCCAUAUUCACGGAAAACAGAAGAGACGUACGCAUGUGGAAGUGAAAAUGACAUAGAAAUGACGUCGUUGAAUUCUGACGAAAGUCAGAAAAGUAUCGAAAAACGUUCAAACUAUGAUUUUGAUGAAAAUUUGACAUCAGAAAACCAUUACGAUGACAUUGAUUGUGAUCUGAUGAUUAAUGAGGUUCACUUAUCGAACUCAACAUACAGUUUUAGUAACACUACGAACCAUAUUUACGCAACCAUUAAAAAGAGAGUGUUCGACACAAAUUCUAGACCGUCCUUACUUAACGAGCCGUAUACAAGUAGUACAUUAAAAUCGGUAUACUCGAGUGAUUCCGAUUGUGAAGGUAAUUUAAUACAGGGGGAAAGCAGAUCAUCUGGAAUAAAUUUUCAACGCCUUCACACGAAAAACAUGUACGAAAGGUUGACCUCAACAACUUCCAAUCGAACUGAUCUGUCGUUUCUCAGUGAUGAUUCCAAUGAACUUUUGGUACCUGACAGAAAUUCUCUGUGUUCAACUUUUAAGUAAUGCAUAAAUAAAGUUUAGCAGAAGCAAGAGAAA